UAUAUUAAUUUUAAUGUCAACUUCAAGAUUAGCAAUAAGAUUAUAUACAUAUCGAGGUUAUUCAGCUCCUUGGAGAGCAAGUAUUAUGUUAAAACUAAAGUAACUACAUUUUCAAUAAUUUUUUGUAAAUUUACCUAAAGGCGAGUAAUUAGCGAAUAUGUAUUCUUAAAUCAAUCCAUUUUAAGUAAAUAAGAUAUUAAUAUAUUAAUAGGUAGUUCCAACACUUGAGAUUAAUGGAUAAUUAUUACAUGAGAGUAUGGCAAUUGCAGAAUAUUUAGAAGAAGAGUUUCCAAGGAUUAAAUUACUUCCAAAAUCUCCGAUAGAGAAAGCUAUUGUGAGGUAUGAAUGAUAUUAAAUAAAUAUUAGAUCAAUGUGUGAAACAGUUAAUAGUGGAAUUCAUCCAUAUCAUGCAUCUAGAUUAUAUAGAUAUGUUCAUAAUUAUGUGAGUGAUAUAAAUAGAUAAGAGAUUUCUGAGCCAUUUUUAGAUCGAGGUUUCACAGGUUAAUUAAUUAUAAUAAAUUAUUGUAGCAUUAAAUACAUUAGUAGAAAAACAUGGAGGAGAUUAUUCAUUUGGAAAUUAAGUAACAUUAGCUGAUGCAUUUAUAUAUCCAGCAUUAAGAGGAGAUGAUGUUUCGUACUUAGUUAGUUUAGAUAAAUAUCCAGCACUUAAAAGAGUUGUUGAAAAUCUAGAUAAUCUAACAGAAUUCGCUUAUGAAAAUCCAGAUUCAUAAGGAUGACAUUAUUAAUAUGAAU